CAGGUCCCCGCCCCGGGCGCGCAGGAGGAGCCGCUGCUGCGAGAAAACCCCCGCCGCUUCGUGGUCUUCCCCAUCGAGUACCACGACAUCUGGCAGAUGUACAAGAAGGCCGAGGCCUCCUUUUGGACCGCCGAGGAGGUGGACCUCUCCAAGGACCUGCAGCACUGGGAAGUCCUGAAGUCCGAGGAGAGGUACUUCAUUUCCCACGUCCUGGCCUUCUUUGCGGCGAGCGAUGGCAUCGUCAAUGAGAACCUGGUGGAGCGGUUCCGCCAAGAAGUUCAGAUCACAGAGGCCCGCUGUUUCUACGGCUUCCAGAUCGCCAUGGAGAACAUCCACUCCGAGAUGUACAGCCUCCUCAUUGACACCUACAUCAAGGACCCCAAGGAACGGGAGUUCCUCUUCAACGCCAUCGAGACGAUGCCUUGCGUCAAGAAGAAGGCAGACUGGGCCUUGCGCUGGAUCGGGGACAAGGAGGCCACCUACGGAGAACGCGUGGUGGCGUUCGCCGCAGUGGAGGGAAUCUUCUUCUCCGGCUCUUUCGCGUCGAUCUUCUGGCUCAAGAAGCGAGGCCUGAUGCCUGGCCUCACGUUCUCCAACGAACUUAUUAGCAGAGAUGAGGGUUUGCACUGUGACUUCGCCUGCCUGAUGUUCAAGCACCUGCUACACAAACCUGCGGAGCAGAGAGUGAAAGAGAUCAUCACCAACGCCGUUAGGAUCGAGCAGGAGUUCCUCACCGAGGCUUUGCCCGUGAAGCUCAUCGGGAUGAACUGCACUCUGAUGAAGCGCUACAUUGAGUUCGUGGCCGACAGGCUCCUGCUGGAGCUGGGUUUCAGCAAGGUUUUCCGAGUAGAAAACCCAUUCGACUUCAUGGAGAACAUCUCACUGGAGGGGAAGACGAACUUCUUCGAGAAGCGGGUGGGCGAGUACCAGAGGAUGGGCGUGAUGUCGAGUCCGACGGAGAACUCUUUCACCCUGGAUGCCGACUUCUGAACGAACUGAAGGUCCGCUCUCAGCUUGUUGAUAUUGAAUGUGGCCGACCCUCGAAGACUUACAGCUGGGGUCUAGGAUAGGACUGUAAACUGGUUUUCAAAUUGCCCUCGGACGGUGACCUGCUAGGAUUGUGCGCCGACGAAGUGGGAAAACCAGGGCUGAAGUCAGCUUUCCAAAAAUGGGUUUUCCAGAAAUUGUUUGUUUGAGAAGCAAGUACCAACCAGUAGACAUACACCAGUCCUUUGGUCCACGUGUUAACGUGCGGGGUGUCAGUUGACCACUGGCCUGUACCAUCAUCGGUUUUCACCAUUUAUUGUAUCAAUCGUCCACUUGACAAAUUUAUGUCACAGGCGACCCUUUCACAGCUUUUAAGUUAUUGUUUCCUGAAGUUCAUCCGAUUCUGUGCUCCUCGUGUGUGUAACAAAAAUAAAUAAACUUGGCCGUGAGCUGUCUGCACAGGA